UAGCGACACCCAUGAGGGGGCGACCCGCUCCAUGUAGAGUAAAACGGCUUUAGAUGACCGAUAUAUUUAGUUUUCAUUUCAUUUUAAUGUUUUUUUUAAUUUUUUUUUGAGUGCUGUUCAUUUUUUUGGUGUAAAACUUUAAACUACGUAGAAGAGUUGAAUUUGUUUAAAUGCUAAUGAAGCAUUUAGGCUUUUAAUGAGCAACAAUAUCUGUUAUGAAACAUGGUUAAAAGAAGUAAGUCCGUUUUAUUACUGCAUCAGCCUUAAAAGUAUCUUGCAGAUGAAUAAUAUCUUCUGGAGAGGGCGUUCCUUCUCUAGUCUACAACAGGGAUGAUUCACGGACUCGAGCCAGUGUGUGAUGCGACUCUACACAGAAAACUAUCUGACAAUCAAAUACAAUAGCAGUUCUGUGGCACACCACUGAAAUGAGGACAAAAUGCCACAAGACGCGCUGCAUGAGUCUGACAGGCGGAUGCAGGUGAAGAGUUGACUGCGAAAGUGGAGCUAUUGCAUAAUCAGACGGAGCACAAAGAGAGGAGGCAGCUUCAUUUUGAACUAUGGCGGCAACAAACCUCAUUCUUCUGACAUAAAUUUUGAUAACGGGAAAACGUACUAUCUGGAGAACAGCGACGAAUUGUUGGAUAUGAUGAUAAAAAACAUCCUGCCUCAAAACUUUAAAGUUUAAAUUCUCGCGACCAGAGGUUGCAUUCAUUUUUAGGCUACCUGUGCAGUGUGAUCUCAAUUAACACUGAACUGACUAGCUUAUGUGAUUUGGUAGGGUUUGUUUUUUGAAGACAACAUCGGAAGCUUUUGGAGGUAGGCUAUUUGUGCAGCCUUAGAAGCCGUUCAAAUGCUGGAAUGGAUUGGUGCUGCUUGUUUUAUGAUUUUAAUGGCCAUACUCUGGCCAGUGGUGAAGUGUUUUGGAGCAGAGAGUCACUCCACGCUGCUGCUUCCACGGCGCGAGAGCAAAAGACCCGCGGAGAGAUGCGACUCGAAACUAGAGGGACAAGGUGAAUCAGCCACAGUCGCAUUGAUAUGCAAGCCCUCUGCACUGGCAAACUACCUUCUCAAACAUUGCAUGACUUUUUGCAAGUCUUUAUCGAUACCAAAAUGGAACUGGCGAAUGAGUUCGUCUUUACAAACUGUUUACGGCGCUUUGUGGCCGUUUGACUGUCCUGUGCAUUUCAUCCGAGAUCAUUUGCAGUUGAGUGAUGAUGGACUCGUGUCGUUAGACUGGGCUGUUGUUGGUGCAGCACAUCACAAGAGGCGCAGGACUUCCAGUAAUUCCACAAGUCCAGUUCUUCUUAUCAUUCCCAACUCUUUUGGGAAAAUCACCAGGAAUGUGCUAAAGCUCUGUGAGGCAGCUCUGAGUCACGGCUACCUUCCUGUGAUCUUCAACCGCCGGAGUCAGAACGGGACGCCGCUCUGUACUGUCAAGCUGCAGCAGUUCGGCGAUCCGACCGACCUGCGGGAAGCGGUGCGCUACAUUCGGUACCGGCAGCCGGCGGGCCAGAUCUACGCCGUGAGCGAGAGCACUGGUUCAGGACUCCUCCUGUCCUACUUGGGCGAGUGCGGCUCCUCCAGCUAUGUGACUGCUGCGGCCUGCCUGUCUCCUGUUUUCCGCUGCCAGAGCUGGUUUGAGAGCGGCCCGACCUGGCCGUUCCACUGGGCACUCCUGCUUUACCAAAAAAUCUGCCUCAGCAGGUACAAAACUGUGCUCGGGGAGCUUGUCCACACAGACAACUUAUUCUCCAGCUGCUCUUUGAAGGCAAUGGAGGAGGCUCUGUUCUGUCAUUCUGGCUUAAAAGGGGCGACGGCGGAGGGAGCAGGUAGCUGGGAGGCGUAUUGGGAGCGGAACGACCCUCUGAGGGACAUAGAUGAAGUGGCCAUUCCUGUGCUGUGUGUGUGCAGCCAGGACGACCCAAUCCGAGGGGAUGACCAGGCCACACUACCGUUAGAGCUUUUUGAGAGCAAUCCACAUUUCUUCCUGCUUUUGACUGCCCACGGAGGCCACUGUGGCUUCUCCACAUCAGACGAGGGCCCGAUCGUCUGGAGCCACCAGGCUUUACUGGAGUUCUUUCGCGCCACCACUGAUUUCUUCGCCGCGGAGGAGCGUGCCAAGCUGGCGGCCCGGCGGAGGGGUGUGAGCGGGGCUGGCAAGACUUUCCGCCAUCGCAGCGUCAGCACAUGCAAAAGACUGCCCGUCUGCUCACAUAACAUUCACGCCAUUUACAACUGGCAGAGGUCCUACACCAGAUGAUGAUGUGCUCAGAGGGUCCCCUACUUUGUUUGGGAUUUGGGAGAGACUGAAAUAGCAAAGAACACUGCCAGAAAAUGAUAAAUUAGAACCCAUUGUCUGAUCUGCUGUUCACUGCAGCCAAGAAAACCAGCAGUCAAGUCAAAAUAUCUCAGUUUACAUUCAGGACUAUUUAGAAUUGGACUACCACUGUCAACAGAUGGACAGCGCAUGUCUUUGAUUUUUGUCCUGAAAAAUGCUAAAAGCUGAAGUAGGACUUUAGAAAGAUGAUAUUACUGAAUCAUGGUUUCAAAAUUUGACAGUCAACUUUUCAGUAUUUAUAACAGUAUUUUUUUUUUUUUUUUUGUAAAAAAAAUGUUUUAACAUCUUUAAAAUAAGGUAUUUUUUGGUUUCAGAUAAUUAGACUUAAUUAGAUAUCCUGAAAUAAAUUUCUCACCCCAUUUUGGCUCACUAAAUUUGGUAGGAUUUAUAGUUAAAAUUUGCUAAACUAAAGAAAAUUAAAAAAGUAAAAUAACAGAAAAUCAACUUAAUUCAAGAUAUAUUCUCUAAAAACAAGCCUUAAUAUCUUUUGUCAGUUUUGCUUCUCAAAUUUGUUUAUAUAUUUUUUUAAUGAUAACAAUACAGAUUUUUUUUUUUUUUGAAUGGCAGUAUAUAAAUAAGCCUUGAAGUUGUGUUUGUCUUUUUCAAAGGGAUUGGUCCAAAUGUUUUUUUUUCUAUACCUCAUGCAUGUUUCAGCACUUCAUUCCAAAAUGUAGAGAAUAUUAAAACAGUCUACGUAUAUUCUGUGCAUACAAUAAUGAAAAGUGACAGUCUGCGUUUAGAGAAGGAGCCUGUGGAAUAGGAGUUAAGAGUCAGUCGGCACUGCUGGGGUUUCUUAUGACGUCAUUCUGAGGUUUCAGGGAAAAACUGGUCUCCCGGUGACAAGGGUGGAGCUAGCUCUGCAGAUUUUCACAACUACAACACUGAUUUUAUUCCCCCCACUGUUUUUGUUUUCUGCCUUUUCUGUCUCCAUCUCAAAAAUGUGUAAUGUCUAAAUGGUGUCAAACCUCUUGUUUAAAUUAUCUGUGUGAACACGGGAGAUUUAAUUAAAGGGUUUCAGCUAAACACA